GUGUACAAAGCAAUUGGCGGAGGAGAGGGAAGUUGGAGGAGGAACCCGUGAGAGUGGCACGCCGAGUACAAAAGAAGCCGUCAAAAGCCUGACGACGCAGCAUGUCUUGGUCAAAUCUUCUUAAAUGCAAUGGAGAAACAACGGUGACAACAUCUUCCAUAUUCAACAGCUGGAUUAAUGUUGAGAAAUCAUGCCUGGCUCAGAAGGGCCUGCCAUAUAGUCAUAUCACCUGUGGCGUCCUUGAAUUCUUGUCGACCGAUUGUUUUUUCAGGAGUUUGGCCUUGUACGUUAAUGAAAAAGAGAGAAAUUUACAUCAGUGACAUCCUUGGAUUGUUUUGUAACGAAAAAUGUUUUCGACAUAAUCUCUUUUAUCGAUUUUUUUACCGUAUUUUAGUGCACAAUUUUUAGACCACUAAACAUCGGCAUCUCUUCCUCUGACACCUGCGUAUUAAUUACCUUAAUCAAUGUUGGGUGCAGUAAUAAGCUCGACACAAGGCUAUUAGCGAGGUAAGACAUCUAGUUUGCAAUAUCAAAGUCGAGGCCUCUAUGGAGGAACUUCUACAUCCUUAUCCCAACUGCAAGAUAUCAAAGGUCGCUGAAAUGUAUAGAAAUAUUGACAAGUAACUAUCGGACCGAAAUUAGCGAAGGGUCCUAAAAUGAAGAAUGGCCUUUAUCGGAGUGCUUAGUUUGUAACUUUAUAUCAGCGAAUUUAUGAGAUUCUUAUAAUAGACUUGACAUCCAGGGAUGUUGUCAUCCACUUCUGCUUCUAUCCUUCAGCAGUCCAGCUGUAAAGAUAAAGGAUAUGGCACUGAAGUUUUCAGGUGCCUAUAAGCAAUGCAAACCGUGCACAGGAUCCAGUAGUCAUAAGAAAGAGCAGAGACCUUAUCCAGAUUUUGAUACCAUCUCUGAAGGAGUUCCAUACCCUUAUAUUGGAGGGGCAAGCUCAAGUUCAACCCCUGCAUGGGACUUUAUCGGCUCCCAUUAUCCGGCUGGUAGAUCGGACCCGAGAUUUACUGGGUCAUUUGGUGGCGGCCGAACCCCAAAAGGACGCGAAUCGGCUUCUGUCUGUGAUGUAGUGCUGGAGAAAGAGGAUGAGCCCAAGGAGUGGAUGGCACAGGUGGAGCCAGGGGUUCACAUUACAUUUGUGUCUCUUCCAAAUGGGGGAAAUGAUCUCAAAAGAAUUCGCUUCAGCCGAGAGAUGUUCGACAAAUGGCAAGCUCAAAGGUGGUGGGGUGAGAAUUACGAUCGAAUCAUGGAGCUCUAUAACGUCCAGAGAUUCAAUCGACAAAUCAACACUCCUACAAGAUCUGAAGAUGAGCAAAGAGAUUCUUCAUACUCGAGACUGGGAUCUGCAAGAGACAGCCCCAUGGGGUCAUCAUUAAACAAAGAAUGGACGCCAAGGAACUAUCCUAAAACCCCAGGAAACAGAGGGUACUUUCCAUCUGAAUCUUCGGAUCAAGGUGGAGGACCCCAAUUCCACGGAGGGUCUUCAUUUGAAGCAUCGAGGACAACCACCUCUUCUAGAGAUGAACCUUCUGUUAGCAAUGGCAGUGACAUGGAGACAGAAUGGGUAGAGCAAGAUGAGCCUGGAGUGUACAUUACUAUCCGACAGUUACUCGACGGCUCAAGGGAGCUUCGACGUGUCAGAUUCAGCCGCGAAAGAUUCGGGGAGGUACAUGCCAAGAAUUGGUGGGAGGAGAACAGGGAAAGAAUACAAGCUCAAUACCUUUGAAGCCUACCUAAAAGUUGCGAUCCCCAAUUUUGUUUUCCGAUUUCCAGACUGUAAUGAUACGACUCCAGACAAUGGAGCGAGUCUUCACGUAACAUUGAGUUUCCACCGUAUUGACUGACCAUGUCGCAAAUGAUGGAUAAUCUCUUGUAAUGAUUCCACUGGGCCUACUGGGAUCGUUUUAUCAAGUAUAGUGGCUCUUGCAAUUAAUUAUUACCAUCUUGUUCAUAAAUUUACCUCAUCCAGAACUGUGCCUCAGACUGUUGGCUGUGUAUAUAAUAUACUUUAUCACAUACAUCACUCAAUCUCUUUCCUUACCAGAGUUUCAA